UGAUUACUUAGCAACUAGAGAUUUUAAAAAAGAAGGGCAAAAUGCAAUCUACAAAAGCAAAACCAAUGAAGAAACUAUGCAAAUGCAGUUGUUGUUUAAAUCAAAUCAUAAACUUUUCAUCAUCUUUAGAUCAUCAAAAUUCAUCAAACAUAUAUAAUUCAUCAACUUUCCAAUAUGAUUUUGCAACUGCAACAAGUUCUUCUCUUUACCCCAAUACCCAAUUCACAAACCCAGAAUCACUCCCUACAUUACAGGAAUCAUUCCGAAGUUUUACCAGAUCAUUCCCUCAAUAUUUAACCACUGUUGAAGCUGAUGAAAUUCGAGCCUCCGAAUACCGCCAUCUUAAUGUUUCAUCUCAUGUUUUUCUUGACUAUAAUGGUCAUGCUCUGUUUUCCUUUUCACAAUAUGAUCAUAAAAAUGGUGAAUUUAUUGCUUCUUCUUCUAAUUCUUGUAAUAAUUCAAUAAUCCUAAAAGAGAAUUUAUCAUGUAUUGAGAUUUCCCAUGUGGGUAAUAAUAGAUCAUCAUCAUCACCACCAUCACCAUCACCAUCAUCAUCAUCAUCAGAGUUUGAGAAGAAGCUAAAAGGAAGAAUUAUGAGGUAUUUGAAUGUAUUAGAAGAUGAUUAUUCAAUGUUUAUUACUGCAAAUCAAACAUCUUCUUUUGGGUUGUUAUCUGAAUUAUACCCAUUUGAAUCUAAUAAGAAUCUUGUUAUGGUUUAUGAUCAUGAAAAUGAAUCAUUAGAAUCCAUGAAAAAGAGCUCCACAAAGAAUGGAGGAAGAGUUUAUUCAGCAGAGUUUAAAUGGCCUAAACUCAAGAUUCAUUGUACUAAAUUACAGGAAAUACUGGUAGAAAGUAGAAAAAACAAGAAAAAAAAUAAAGGGUUGUUUGUUUUUCCUGUUCAAUCAAGAAUAAGUGGAGCAAAAUACUCAUAUCAAUGGAUGAGUUUAGCAAGAGAAAAUGGGUGGCAUAUAUUACUUGAUGCAACUACCCUUAAUCCUAAAGAAACGGACACUUUAGGACUAUCUUUACUUCAACCUGAAUUUCUUAUAUGCACAGUUUACAACAUUUUUGGUCAAGACCCAUCUGGAUUUUCUUGUUUAAUUGUCAAAAAAUCCAUUAAUGGGUUGUUAAAUUCAUCAAAAACAUGUUCUUUUAAUGGGUUAGUGAGCUUAAAUGAUCCAAAAACAAAAGAUGGGUUAUGUGAUAAAGAAGUAAAAUGUAAGGGAUUAGACCAAACAGAUUCUUUAGGUCUAAUUCUUAUUGGGAAUAGAAUAAGGUGUUUGAUAAAUUGGUUAAUAAAUGCAUUAUUAGCAUUAUAUCAUCCCCAUUCAGAAAGGGGCGUACAAUUAGUACAAAUUUAUGGUCCUAGAGUGAAAUUUGAUAGAGGGUCGUCUUUAGCAUUUAAUAUAUUUGAUUGGAAAGGGGAAAAAAUGGAGCCAAUGUUAGUACAAAAGCUUGCUGAUAGGAAUAAUAUAUCACUUGGUUGUGGGUUUUUAAGGCAUGUUUGGUUUUCUCAAAGAUAUCAACUUGAAAAGGAAAAGGUUUUGGUGGAAGAGGUUGAAGAUGGUGGGAAGAAAUGUAAAGGGAAGAAAAGGGAAUGCUUGGAAAGUGGUGGGAUUCCUGUUGUUACAGCUACUAUAAGUUUUUUGACAAAUUUUGAAGAUAUGUAUAUGCUUUGGAAAUUUGUUUCUAAGUUUUUAGAUGCUGAUUUUGUUGAGAAAGAAAGGUGGAGGUAUACAGCACUUAAUCAGAAAUCUAUUGAAGUAUGAAUUUAUAUUUUAUUUCAUUGUUCUUUAAUAAAUAAUUCAUAUUUUUGUGUAGGUUUUUGUUAAUUCAUUGCUUGUUUUACCACAUAUUUUCAUUUUAGAUGGUUUCACCGUGACACAAUUUAAAUUUAAAUGUAUAAACAUUCACUUUGAAUAUAUAAACAUUCAUUUUUUAAAUUAGUUGAUAUGUGUAUAUAUGUCUACUAUCAGUAGAAAACUGAUAUAUACAGUGGCGGACCCAGGAAUUUCAAAUUGGGGGGUCAAAAUCCG